ACCCAAGGAGACCCAAUAAAAAUCCGGCACUCUCAUUCUCCCCGGAGCUUCCGUCAGUACCGGCGCUCCCAGUGCUCCGAAGGGGAGAGAUCCGUGCUCUCUGAGGUCAAGUGAGUCUAAACUGGUCUCAAGCCAGAUCUUAUGGUUUUUUACUCUUCAGAGUCUCACUAGAAACUUAUCUCGGGUGGGAUUCAAUCCGAGGCGCGUUAUAGAGGGCUGUCGACAAUGUGCCUUUGAAAGGCAAUUACCGACGUUCGUGGAGAUCGCAUUCACGGUAAACACUGCAAAUGCCUGCCCAAUUGGAAAUUACCUUUAAAUGUCAAGCGCGCUUCAAUGCUGCAACGCUGCAACGCGCUUCGAAUUGAAUCUCGGGCACGACCCUAGUCUAGUUAUUGUACUGACACUUGAUGCUGAUGGUUCUUUCCUGUAUUGUUCAGCACCUUGAGACAUGAUAAUGGGAGCUACAGUAUGCUGUAUAAAUAAUAAUAAUAUAUAUGUACAGUAUCAUAUGAUUAAAGUUUUAUCCUGUUUAUGUCUUCCAAGAUCUAACGCAUCCCUACCCUCUCCACAGUGCCCGGACAGACCUUGUGCCCCCAUUACCUGUGACACGAACAGCAGACAUCCCAGGUUCCAGCUCCACCCCCUCUCAGGUCAGUCACAGACCCCUUUCCCAGCUCCACCCCCUCUCAGGUCAGUCACAGACCCCUUUUCCAGCUCCACCCCCUCUCAGGUCAGUCACAGUCCCCUUUUCCAGCUCCACCCUCUCUCAGGUCAGUCACAGACCCCUUUUCCAGCUCCACCCCCUCUCAGGUCAGUCACAGACCCCUUUUCCAGCUCCACCCCCUCUCAGGUUAGUCACAGUCUCCUUUUGCUGUGGUCAAUGCCACACGUACAAGCUCUGACAAAGGCUGUGAGGCAGGCAUGAUAACAAUUAAUACAAGUUAUACUUUGCAAGCGCAUAGUGGGGUGCUUUCUUUCCUUUGAAUGACAGUGCUACAUGUCUAAAGUACAAUACUAGAUUUUAUUACCAGAUCCUCCAGUCAGUUGAUUAAUCUCCUAGCAUUGAUAUUCCGAUCGGUGUGUUUGUUGUGUGUUGUUUUCCAGAAGAAGCACGGAUCCAAAGACACCCUGCUCCCAGAGAUCAUAGAGCAUGAUGUGAAGAGCAGCGCAAAGGUGGUGAAGACUGUCCACACUCCUAGGACUAAGGUCGAGACG